CUCAAUUCUGCCUUACUAUCUUUGAUAAUAGGAUGAAAAGAACAGAUUUGAAAGUUUAAAAGCAUCAAUUUCAGCAAUUAGAAAGUGUCAUUACUGGAAUUUACCUGAUGUUCUUUUGUAGACAAAUGCUUUCUUCAACUUGACUUGUUUCAAAAAGAUGUCUCACUUGCAGCCAUUACCUAUGAGUGUAUACUAUUUAAAAGUCCUAGGAACACAACUGAUGGAAUCUUGAAGGCAGAACUGGCUAUGAUGUCAUAGACCCUUGAAGGAAACUUCUAAAAGUGGUAUCUAGUUAUAACAGAGACUAAGCAAGAAAGAUGCUUACUGAAUAAGGUGGGAUCCAACAAGAGUGUGGGUAUGGAAUGCAAUAACUUAUGAAUUACUUUUUUGCUGAGGGAACUCAACAGAAUGACACCUAAGAUAGGCAAAGUCUUUGACACUUGGUACAUUUGGGAUUUUUGGUCAUUACUUGAAAAUUAAUAAAUUUGAAGUCACUAGUCUUAAAAAUGGAAGAAAGUGAAGACCCUGAUCAGCCUGUCUCAGCACGGAGGCAAGAAAUUCGAAAGAGAAGACGACCCAGCCAACCAAUGGUAGACAAAUCCCAGCAAACUGAUAUAAAAGAGAAAAAGAAACACAUGGCCAUGCCACAAUCAUCUAGCCCCAAAGCUACACAUAGUAUUGCUAAUAUUUCUGGAAGCAAAGGCAACUACCCUGCCAACACCUAUAAGUCUCUCAGAAUAUCUUCUGAACUUCAGCAAACAUGGACAAAGAGAAAGCAUGGACAGGAAAUGACUAGUAAGUCUCUCCAGACAGAUAUCAUUGUAGAAGAGAAAAAAGAAGUCAAGUUAGUUGAGGAAACUGUGGUACCUGAAGAAAAGUCAGCUGGUGUUAGAGGAGCGGGUAUUGAAUUGCCAGAGAGUGUUCAGGAAGUAGAAAUUCCACCAAACGUCCCUUCAGUUCAACUAAAAAUGGACAGAUCUCAGCAGACCAGCUGUACUGGAGACUGGACCAUGAUGAACAUCCCACACGUAGAAAAAGUGGACAAGGAACAACAGACAUUCUUUAGUGAAUCAGAAAUAGUGGUUAUUUCCAGGCCAGAUAGUUCUUUUAUAAAGUCAAAGGAAGGUGCCCUGAAACAUACAUCCUCGGGAAAGAUUUUGGUUAGUGAACACCCUGUAUUUCAACCAGCAACAAGUAGCAAUGAAGAAAUUAGGCAGAAAAGUAUCAGCAGAACUUCAUUUACUCGGGAGACUAAAAAUGGUCCUCCGGUACUCUUAGAAGACGAGCUUAAGCAAGAAGUGACUCUACCUGUUGUACAAGAAGAUUCUGCUGCUGAAAAAGUGGCUCCUGCUGAAAUAGAGCCUCCACCAACAGAAACAUUCCCAGCUGAAAUACAGCCUGCAUUAGUUGAAGAGUCCACUGCUAAGGCAGAGCCCAGAACCACUGAAAACAUCUAUGUCCAAAUAGAGCCACCAACAGAACAGACUCCUGCUGCUGAGGCAGCCACAGCAGAUGCAGAGAAUUCUGUUAAAGUUCAGCCUCCACCAGCUAAAGAGGCUCCAUUAGUGGAGUUUCCUGAUGAAAUUCAGCCUCCACCAGCUGAAGAGACAACGGCAGAAGAGGCCUCUGCUGAAAUUCAGUUUCUAGCAGCUACAGAGGCUUCUGUAGAAGAGGCUCCAGCUGAAGUCCAGCCUCCACCAGCUGAGGAGGCCCCUGCUGAAGUCCAGCCUCCACCAGCUGAGGAGGCCCCUGCUGAAGUCCAGCCUCCACCAGCUGAGGAGGCCCCUGCUGAAGUUCAGCCUCCACCAGCUGAGGAGACUCCUGUGGAAGAGACCCUUGCUGAAGUACACUCUCCCGCAGCUGAUGAGGUCCCUGCAGAAGAGGCCCCUGUUGACGCACAAUCCCCACCUGCUGAUUUGCUUCUGACUGAGGAGCUUCCUAUACAAGAGGCAUCUGCUGAAGGUUCACCUCCACCAUCUGAACAAACCCCUGAAACUGAGGCUCUGGUAGUGAAUAUGUCUACCGGACUUCAGUCACCCCAGGUGGCAGGAAUUCCAGCAGUUGUUUCAGAAGAUGAUGCAAAAUUUGAAGAGGUUUUAAAAACAAAUCCUGUCCAUAAAGAUUUAUCUAAUACCAACGAUGGACAGGUUCCCACUCUUUAAAUAGAAGGUGUAUUUCAUAUAGAAUUUAAAAAACCAUGCUGAAUUGUAGUCAGGUUGUACGUAAGCUAGCAAUCGGAAGCUAGGCAGUUCUGGAAGAACAUACUUUAGAAAACAGAGGGCAGCUGGAAGUAGCUUUGUCAAUAAGGGAAAUUAAAGAGAACCCCAAGACUUGGAACACAGGUUGGAAAAUGAACAAUAAAAACUGUAG